AUGGCUCCUAAAGGGAAUAACAUGGUGCCCAAUGGGCACUUCCACAAAGAUUGGCAGCGCCGUGUUAGGACAUGGUUCAACCAGCCAAUGAGAAAACAGAGGAGACAGGAUACACGUGUACAGAAAGCUCGUGCCAUCGCCCCUCGCCCUGUCAAAGGUUAUUUGCGCCCCAUUGCACGAUGCCAAACCUUCAAAUACAACACUAAAAUCAGAGCUGGUCGUGGAUUUACUCUUGAAGAACUGAAGGUAACCUGUCCUUUUAACAAUGUGGGCUGUUGUGGGGAUUCGGGGCGCGGCAUAAAACCAAACUCCGGCAUCUCGAUCGACUACCGUCGACGCAACAAGACCGUGGAAUCUCUGCAGCAGAAUGUGCAGCGUCUGAAGGAGUACAACUCCAAACUCAUCCUCUUCCCACGCAAGGAGAGCAAACCCAAGAAGGGAGAUGCCACGGCUGAACAGAUCAAGACAGCCACCCAACUCAAGGGAGACAUCAUGCCCAUCAGACAGGUGUUCAGGAGCGAGAAGGCUCGCAAGAUCAGCAAGAGAGAGAAGAGAUUCAGUCCCUUCGCUGCUCUGCGUAGUGCUCGCGUUAACGCCAGGCUGUUUGGAAUACGCGAAAAGAAGAAGCGUGAAGCUGCUGAGAAGGAAAAGUAAACCAAACUGUAAAAAGCUGUGGACAUUAAAAAAAAGGAAAAAUA